GUGAAAGGACAGCGGUUGGCAACAAAGCAGCCCGUCGCAACGUGUCGUGGCCUCCUGUAGCCGUUUGAUCCACAUCGGACGGCCAGCAAGGUGCGACGCAACUUCCGGCAAACCCCCACAUUAACCGCCGCUGUCCCACCAUUUGCGCCGCUCGCUGGUACACAAUGGAAACCAGUACGCUUGCAGCGGCGCGCGCCGCCGAAAGGGACGCGCUGUACAGCUUGUACUUCCCGGAUGCCGGGCGCGUCACGGCGGCGGCGGCAGCGGUGGCCGGCUGCGUCUGCCUCGACCACCUUACGUGCACCGAGUGCGCGCGCAUCGUGGGCGCCCCCUUGGUCGCGAUCGAGGUCGCCGCCCGCAAGAAGCAGCGCAGGGUUCCUCCCGUCCAGUUGCCGCCCGUCGACGUCAGGUGCAUGCCCGGUCAGGGCACAGGCGGAGACGGUGCCCCGGCCGAGGGGAUCGGCGCGGCCAUCUCCGGCACGGCGGGACCGCUCCAGGCCAAGGGGUUCGAAGCGGCACUCUCCGGCAUAGCGGCUCGGCUCGGGCUCCCGGCCGCCAUCGGGGACCGCGCCAAGGAGGUGUUCAGGAAGAUGAAGAAGGCCAGGGCCUGGCCGCGCAUGUGCACGUACUGGACCGAGCAACGGCGCAAGGGCGCGCUGGCCGCCUGCCUCUCCAUCGCGUGCCGCAACGAGGGCUCGCCGCGGUCGCUGAGGGAGCUGGCCGUCGCAGCGGCCGCGAGGAAGGAGGAGAUCGUCAGGAUGACGGCGCUCAUCCGGAGGCGUCUCGGGGAGGAGGGGGCCGGGCUGGCGACGGGCGUCGGCGUGGUGCGCGCGUCCGACUACAUUCGCCACUUCUGCCUGCUGCUCCGCCUGGGGGACCGCGAGGCCGCCGCGGCAAAGGAGGCGGCGCGGCGGCUGGAGGAAAGCGGCCUGGAGGUGCCGCACAUCGGCGAGUCCGUCGCGGCCGCCGUCGUCUGCAUGGCCCUCGAGCGCGCCGACGCAGACGGGCCCGACGUGCCCUCGGUCGUGUCGCUGGCAACCGGCGUAUCGACGGCCACCAUCAGCAUUGUGUCCAGGAAGCUGCUCCCGCACGCCGAGCUGCUCUUCGGCUGAUGGACAUGCCGCCAUGGCCUCAUUCUUGCUAGAUCUCCCCUCCUGCCAAUUUGGUAUCGAUCCCGUCGUGUCCGAAACUACAGGAUUCUUGGCGACUAUCUAUACGACUUGGUGAUCUGAUUCCUUCGUAUUUAUGCGGACUGUACUGAAUGUUCAUUCGUCAGUCCAGACUGUCCAGUAAUACUAGCUGUUUGAUUGGUAAAUUAUUAGUGAACACAGAAGAAUUCUGGUAAAUUCUUAGUGAACAGAGGUUUCUGGUAAAUUAUUAGUGAACUCGUUGAUAUGAAACUUUUGAUUGUUUUCGGUG